AUGUCAGCAGGUCCAGUGAAGCGCGUCGUCGUGUGCGUCGACGGGACGUGGUACGACCCACAUGGAGCCAUCACACGGCGCGAGGGCAAUAACAGCAAUGUGUACCGAAUCUGGGCCUCGAUCAAGCAAGGCACGUUCAUUCGCGACGACAGGCCCGUGAAACAGGUGGCGCACUACGAAGCCGGCGUUGGCAUCGAGAAGCAGCCCGUCGACGCCUUCAACGAUGAUAUCACGACGAGCGCAGGGUGCGAUGGUCAGGUCGACAAGAUCUUUGCUUACUGCUGUGAUCAGCUGAGUGAGUCGACUGAUGAGCUAUGGCUGUACGGCUUCAGCCGUGGUGCAUAUGUUGUAAGCGUCGUUGCAGACUUGUUACACCAGCUCAGUACACUGCAGUUCACGGGGCAGAAAGGCUUUGAGAUGAGGCUCCUCAGUUUGACCCCUUUUCGUCAAAGUACACAGAAAGCAGCGAAUGCAGCCAAGUUGUACCGCUUCUUAACCGCUAAAGCUCUGGCUCGUCAGCCUCUCAUUCAUUUUGCAGGGCUCUUCGACGCAAUCAAGGUCCCCCGAGAUCAGAGCAAGCCCGAUCCUCCGCUGCUGAAGUCAAUCCGUAAUGUCCGUCAUGCACUCGCGCUCAACGAGAAUCGGAGGUCAUUCCAACCUUGCCCAUUUGGCCCUGUCAGCUUGUCUCACGAGGAGCUGCAGCAACGCUCCCUCAUAGAGGCGUGGUUCAUCGGAUCACACGCCGACCUGGGCGGUGGCUCGCGUGAUGAUGGGCUCUCGUUGUAUCCGCUUCAGUGGAUCCUCCUUGCAAGUCGAGAAAAGGGCCUGGUUCUGGAUCACGCAUCUGCUGAAAGUAACAUCAACAUCACCGAGGAACCACUUGGGCUCGUCCUACCGAUGGAGAUUUCCCAGAACAGCUCAGAACCACCCAGGCCUAUAAAGCCGUGGAAGUUCAAGUAUAUAAACGGUAUCGAGAUCGAGAUGCUCGACCUCCGGGCUUCACAUAGACAUGGCAAUUUGCAGACGCGCAAUAGAAACGUAUUAAAGAAGAAGUCACGCAAGGAGAAGGAGAAGGAUGAUUCUUCUACUCCUCCUCUUACCCCCGAUGCCGACGGUCUGCAGGUCAGGAAACGGUCGUGGAAGGAAAGACUAUCUAUCCGAAGUAAACUAAGCAAGAGUCUUGAGCGAAAGGAAUCUGAUGCCAAGUCGAUACUGAGCAUGAGCACCAGCACCAGCACCGCCGAUGUUGCCGAGCAUCGACCACGGCCGCACAUCGUGCAGAUCAAUCCGGGUGCGGCACUCAUGUCGCUAUUCCUAGGUCCCCGGACCGUCUUUCAGUCUCACCAGCUGAUUGGUUUCCUUGACUCUGCCCCAUACGGGACCAUCAUCCACCCAUCAAUUUACUUCGUCAGCGAUCUCUACGAUCGUCUUGGGAUCGCUGAUCCUCUAGCGCUUUUCCUGGAUGAUCUGUGCACGUUCCGACAAGACAAGUUCAGACGACAAGGCAGAGUCCACGUAGACCCCUGGCGCGCGGAUCUCGCUGCUGACAUGGGAGGCUACGACCUCGAGAACUGUCGCGUCCUUGUCUGCGGAAGGGCCGGCGUUGGCAAGUCGACGCUGAUCAACAAGGUCUUUGGGACCAUUGUGACCGAGGAAUCGUACAAUGACCACGGAGUGCACGAUGUGGAUGAGGGGUUCGAGGUGGACACCUUCCCUGGCCUCAUCGUCCACGACUCGCGUGGGUUCCAGAGCGGCACAACCAGGGAGAUCGAGCUACUGGAGCAGUUCGUUAAAAAGCGAGCGUCUGCGUCCGAUCCCGAGGAAAAACUCAGUGCGAUAUGGUUCUGUAUAGACGUCCCCUCGACAAGAUUGGUCCACGAGGCAGACAAGAAGAUCUUCGAGGUCCUCGACAAGGUUGCAAAGGCAGUGCCGGUCAUCAUCGUGCGGACAAUGAAGGACAGGUUCAUCAACGAGCACUACGGCCAAGCAAGAGAAGAGCUGGAAGACCAAGGUGUAACUGGAGAGGAGCUCGAUCGUCGCGCUCGGGCCUUGUCGCAGGAGAAAUUCCUCCAAGUCAAGGAAGAGGACAUCAACCAGCUGGAGCAGAAGCUGGGGCUGGAGAAGGAUUUUGCACCUUUCGUCUACGUCUCGAAGAGAGACCUAGAUUCUAUCAAAGAGCUGGUCAAACAGACUGUCGUCCUCGUGCCGGAUGACGGCGCACGCAGAAACUUCGUAAGUGCGCAGAUCGCCGACCUGGACCCCAAGAUCUCCCAGGCCCUCGAGGAGACGGUGCGCCUCUUGAACUAUUCCAACUGGUCAACCAUGGCAGGUUCGGCCAUCCUGGUAGGCAGCACCAUCUCGACCCCGACCAUCUCGCGCAUGCUCUGCACGCGCAUCAUCAAGUGCUUCGGCAUCCUCAACUCGGUCGACAAGAUUGACGAGGUCGAGCGAAUCGCCCAGCGCGUCCUGUGGCGCAACCUGGGCACCUUCAUGACCCUAAACAUGGGCCAGAUCGUCGGCAUCCUCGGCAUCACGGCCGGCCUGACCUUCGCCAGCGUCUUUGGCGGCAUCCCGGUGCUGGCCAGUCUGCCGUUCGCCACGAUCCCGCCCGCCGCGCGCAUGGUCACAAAGUGCGCGUGCGACCUGAUCCUCAUACUGGCCGCGGCCUUCAGCAGGAAGGGCAAGGUGGUCACGAAGCAGGACUUCCAGGAUGCCUCGACGCAGUACUGCUCCAAGACGGUCGAAGGCGAAGCCUCCGUCCGCACACGGACGCACAAGGAUGUCGACAAACUCAUACCCAUCAUCUCCGUGAAGUUCUACCAGCCCCUCAGCAUGACCAGCAUGCGGACCGCGCUGCAGCGGCUCAUCGUGCGGCAUCGGUUCACGCUAGCCGAUGCCGCGGUAGGCGAGGUAGAGCCGGUGGACGGCGACACGAAUGAUGUCCGGUACAUGCAUGAGUGGAAGAACCUGAAAGACGAGGCUGGCGAUGAUGACCUCGCCUCUGCUAACCUCACCGAUUUGGAGGAGAAGAAGAAAAUGCUGGACGAGCUGAACAGACGGCCGCUUGGGGUGUUGCCAGUCGGCGAUGUCGAGCAGAAGGUCCUUGUCACCAAGCACCUUGCUGGGCUUCCAGGCAUGACUUUUAGGGAUAAGCUGGCGGGUGGACCGGCGGAGCUACAGGGUACGACGGUAAAAGAAAUACAUAGUACACCAGUGGAGUUGCCAUAG